AUGGAUGCGCUCAAAGCACAUCGGAACACACUGAGAGGCGCUGAUUGCUUAGAGGUGUUGUUCGGGCUAGAAAAAAGGGAUUGUGUUCGUGCCAUGCAGCUGACAUUCCGUCCUAAUGUGGAAUGUGUUUGCGGCAGUGAAAUUGUAGAUGACCUUGAAACACACCUUGAUGUUCCUUUCCAGUCAAGUUGUUUGAGACAUAAACUCAUGGAGAUAGCGGUAUCCAUUGCAAUGGAGGAUUAUGAGGGCCGGCAAAGAACGAAGUAA